AUGACAAAAAUUAAUAUUACAAUUGAUGGACAAACAGCUUUAGGCAAAUCAAGUAUGGGCAAAUUAUUAGCAGAAAGACUAAAUUAUCAAUUUAUUGAUAAAGAAAAUAUAUUAACUCAAAUUAAUCAAAUUGACAGUAAAGAAUUAAUUUCUAAUGAAUUUUUAAUUAAGAUUUCAAAUAACAAUAAUAUUCGUGAAGCUAUCAACAAAGUUAUUCGAGAAAUCACAAAACAAAAAGGAUAUAUUGUAGUAGUUAAUCGCAGAGUUUUUCAAUUUAAUAUUAAAGAAUUUAAUAAUAUAUGGUUAGAUAUAAUUAAAAGAGAUUUAGCAUCAUCUGAUUUGAUCGAAAAAGCAAAAAAGAUAUCUCAAAAUAUUGAUACAACAUAUCUCAUAUUAUCAGAA